AUGCAAUCCGUUCUCCAGCCUAUUAUCGGCCCCAAGAAGACGGCCGAAGAUCUGUCCGGCCGUGUUGCAAUAAUAACGGGCGGAGCAUUUGGCAUAGGCUAUGAAAUCUCCCGGACGUUUGUACAGAACGGCGCCCGCGUCAUUAUGGUCAACCGUAAGGAAGACCAAGGGCAAGAAGCGAUCGACAAAAUCAAGGAGGAAGCCGGGUCCGAUGCAAAGAUCGAGUGGGUGCCGUGUGACAUGGGCAAUCUGGCCCAAAUCAGAGAGGUCGCAUCGAGAUUUGUCGAGAAAGAGGAGCGGUUGGAUCUGCUUAUCCUAUCAGCAGGCAUCAACGUGCAUCAAUAUGGCGAAACACACGACAAAAUCGAGCGGCACUUCCAAGUAAACUGGCUAGGGCAGUUUUACCUGACGAAUUUGUUAUGGCCGCUGCUCCGCAAGACCGCGAAGCUGCCAGAUACGCCUGCGCCUCGGGUGGUCUUUGAGUCGUCUGAGCAGCACCGCGCGGCACCGUCAGGGGUCAAGUUCGGAUCUCUCGAGGAAAUCAACAACCCUGAUCUCGGACCGCUGGAGCGAUACGGGCGGACAAAGCUUGCUAUCAUUCUCGGAGUCAAGUACGGCCUUCUAGAGAAAGUCAUCAAGCCUAAUGGUGACAACAUUUAUGCUCUCUCCGUCCACCCCGGCGCUGUCAACACGGCUAUGCAGCAGCAAUGGAAAGAUGCGUACCCUGGCCUCUUCGGAAAAUUGUUGACGACGGUCAUGUUGGCUGCUGGGCGUAAUGUCGAGCAGGGCUCGUACAGCGCGCUUUACGCAGCGAUCAGCCCGGAGGUAGAGGAAAAGGGUUGGAACGGAUACUACUUGAAGGAUGUCGGCCAACCCGGUAAAGAAUCAAGUCUCGCUUCAGAUUCCGUCCUGGGGGCCGCGCUCUGGGAUCUCAGUCACCGGAUGAUCCGGGAUAUCCUCGGGAAUGACGCAGUGGCGGAUUGGGCUUCAGCAUAG